UAAGAUGGCCACGCUGCUCCGUAAAAUCGGGCUCAUUCGCCUGCACAACCGGGACACGGAGGACCCCAAACACCACCACAACCACCGCGGCGGAGGCGGCGGCCAGCAGAGCGCGUCGCUGCGCGGCAAAGGAGGCGGCAAGAGCGGCGGCCACAAGCAGCAGCAGCAGCAACAGCAGCAGCAGCACCCCGGGGGCGCGGGCGACGCCAGCCCGGGCCCCGGCAAGGGCAAGAGCAAGCGCGCCGCGGAGCUGGCCGCGCGCGACAAGCAGCCGCAGCCGGGCGCGGGGGCGGCGGGGGCGGCGGGCGCCGGGGGGCCCCGGGAGCGGGCGGCGGGCGCCAGGGCGGGGCCGGGCCCCGCGGUGGCCGCGGCGGCGACCGGCGGCAGCCUGGUGCCCGCGGCGCGCCAGCAGCACUGCACACAGGUGCGCAGCCGGCGGCUCAUGAAGGAGCUCCAGGACAUCGCGCGCCUCAGUGACCGCUUCAUCUCGGUGGAGCUGGUGAACGACAGCCUCUUCGAUUGGAACGUGAAGCUGCACCAGGUGGACAAGGACUCGGUGCUGUGGCAGGACAUGAAGGAGACCAACACCGAGUUCAUCCUGCUCAACCUCACCUUCCCGGAUAACUUCCCCUUCUCGCCGCCCUUCAUGCGGGUGCUCAGCCCGCGGCUGGAGAACGGCUACGUGCUGGACGGCGGCGCCAUCUGCAUGGAGUUGCUCACGCCGCGCGGCUGGUCCAGCGCCUACACCGUGGAGGCCGUCAUGCGCCAGUUUGCUGCCAGCCUGGUCAAGGGCCAGGGACGGAUCUGCAGAAAAGCUGGCAUCAAAAAGUCCUUCAGCCGCAAGGAAGCCGAAGCAACCUUUAAGAGUUUGGUGAAGACUCAUGAGAAAUAUGGCUGGGUCACCCCGCCCGUGUCUGAUGGCUGAUGACUGCACGAACCCUAGACGCUUGAGCUGCCCGUCCACACUCCACCCUGCCAUCUCCUCCCACCGCUGCUCAUCUUCUACCCUUUUCUACUCCAGCCAGAACUGUGUCCUGAAUGCAAAGGACACGCUUAAGUUAUUUAUGAACUGAUGUGUUUACAGAGAGAAAGAGAGAACUGUUCGGGAUUAUGUUUCCAUAAUAAAUGACCGUCUCUAAGUCACUUUAGAACAAA